UUCCUUUUGCAUUGCUUUGCGUAGUCAACAUGGGGCGCAGACCUGCCCGUUGUUAUCGUUACUGUAAGAACAAACCAUAUCCCAAGUCUCGCUUCUGCCGUGGUGUGCCAGAUGCCAAGAUAAGAAUUUAUGACUUGGGUCGUAAAAAGGCACGUGUGGAUGAGCUUCCACUCUGUGUUCAUAUGGUGUCAGAUGAGUAUGAACAGCUCUCAAGUGAAGCCUUGGAAGCGGCCCGUAUCUGCUGCAACAAAUACAUGGUGAAGAAUUGUGGUAAAGAUUCCUUCCAUCUGCGUAUGAGGCUGCAUCCAUUCCACGUCAUCAGGAUUAACAAAAUGUUGUCAUGUGCUGGAGCUGAUAGGCUUCAGACUGGUAUGCGUGGUGCCUUUGGCAAACCUCAGGGCACUGUGGCACGUGUUAACAUUGGACAAGUCAUCAUGUCUGUGAGGACAAAGGAUGGAAACAAAGCUGCUGCUAUUGAAGCUUUGAGAAGAGCUAAGUUCAAGUUCCCUGGAAGGCAGAAGAUUUAUGUGUCCAAGAAAUGGGGCUUCACUAAGUUUGAUCGUGAGACCUAUGAGCAGUGGCGAGCCUCUGGUAAACUGAUACCUGAUGGAGUAAUUGCUAAGUACAUUGCAGAUCAUGGGCCGCUCGCCGCCUGGAAGAAGCAGCAUGCAGCAUAAGUUGUGCAAACAAAUGUGAAUAACGGAAAUUAAAACUCCACAGUGUUUAACUUG